CGCCUGUGUCACGCAAACGGGCCUUGGCCACCUCCAAAGAGCUGCCUUGUGUGCAAAUGUCUUCGAAUUACACGCAGAUUUCCAAUUGCACUUCUCGAACCCGAAAUCCCGGCAACGCACCCACGAAGUCCUGCACACAGAAACAUCUCGACUUCCCAAUCGUCAUCCUCCGUAACUGAAUAACCGAACCAACCGAGUACGCUUGGCUUGGCCCUUGAACUACCGAUUGACUGCUCCUCUACUCUUCUUCAAACCAUUCAACCCAUUCCGUCGCUCAAAAUGUACUUCCGAAUAACCCUCCUCCGCUCCUCCAUAGGCCUCCCUCUCAAAACCUCCCAAACGCUCUCCGCUCUUGGACUGAAAAAGCGUAUGGCCACCGUCUACCACCCUGUAACCCCUGACGUUGCCGGCCAAAUAAUGCGAGUCAAGGAAUUAGUUGACGUUUCGGAAGUCGCUGCACCUAAGACAAAAGCACAGAUGAAGGCGGCGCGGCGGCCGGAUCCGGGGUAUUAUGUUGAGAAGAAGGAGUAUGUGGCAAAGAGGGGGGAUGGGGAGUGGAGGAAGUUAUAUGAGGUUGGGGCUGUAAUGGGGGAGACUGUGGGUAGGGAUGAUGCGUGAGGAGUACGACGGCAUUAUUAUGGGCGUUUUUGGAAGAUCAGGUCAGGAUUGGAUUAGGUUGGAGGAUGUAUAAUAGAUCCAGUGGAUGACUCGAUUUUUGACGACAAGAGAGAUGUCACUGUAUCAUAAACGGUCACAUGGCACAUGUGAGACCUAGCAUUAUCCUGUAGUCUACACUUCU